UGUAAUAAAUCUAUAUUAAUAUAUUAAAUAUUAUAUUAAGUACCUACCUAUAAAUUAUACGUUCUUACUUCUUUUACUGCUUGGACUGCAAUUGUUGAAAUGUCGGUGGCGUGCAGUGAGAUUGCUUGAACCGUACGGUGUUUAGACCUCUAUCCGUUACCGUCGUGUCUUAUUUGAUCGUGAUUUAGUAUAGGUAACUUAUAUAGGUAUUCGUCAAUCGCAUAAUCGUAGUAAUCAUAUUAUUAUUAAAUUGUUGUGAGACGAGACUACCGUAAAUCACUCGUCGGUAAUUAGUAACCAUCGCCGCGUGUUAACGAAGUAGAAAAUUCUCUGCUUCUUCGGUUAGAUAUCUAAAUUUCGACUAUCAUGGACAAACAAAAUAUUCAGCACGAUACUUUAAAAGAUAAGCAUGUUCAAUUGAAAUCUAAAUCUGUCGUUAAGGUUUCAACGGUUCUAACGCCUAAUUUUAUUCGUCACAAAGUUAAUACUAAUUUAAAUUUGAAACCACAAAAUUUGUUUAGUCUUGAGGCCGAAUCAUUGGGCGUGCGAUACACGUCUGAUGAUUUUCAUUAUUUAUCUAGUUUUCAAAUGGCUAAUAUGAAUCUUGAUUGCAUUGGCAAUGUGGAUAUUGUGUCAGAUGCAAAAAAUAUUAUGAACUUGUGUAAGAUACCAUAUAAUAACAAAUCUGUUAGCAUUAUGGUUCAUAACAUUGAUAAAACAUUAUUAUUAGAUGAAUUUGAUGUUGAAAAAUACUUGAUACAAAAUGAGUUCGAAAAAUGGGUCUGGUUGACAGAAUUCUUUUACAAAAAUAUUGUAAAAUCUUCUGAUAUUAAGGUGAAAUGCAUUACUUAUAAAAAUAAUAAUUUUAGAAAAAUUCAAAAUGAAAUUUUAGUUUCAAAAUUUUUGCAUCAUACCAUUGGAGGAUUAGAUUCUCAUAAUAAUCAAAUAAAAAGUUUUCAUAAUGAAAAUUCUCCAUUAGCUUCUUCUCUACCAAGACUUACACCAGAAGAAGUAUUUCCAGAUUUUCCCCAAAUCAAACAAUUAUUUAACCGAAAUUUUUUAUGGAAUUUUGAAGACUUGCAAAUGUUAAUAGGUACAAAUUUACCAAUUUUCAGAAGUGAUAAUAAUUCAUCUUUAUGCACAAGAUUGAGAGAUAUGUCUAAAUCGCUUAGUAUGUUUACUGGGAUUGAUUAUUGGCUAGAAAAUGUAAUGUGCAAUAUCCCUGAAAUAGAAUUUUGUUAUCAUAAAAAUGGUAUUGUUCAAAAGUAUGAGUUGGUAAAAACUGAAGAUAUACCAUACUUGGAUGAAUCAACAUUUUCGCCAAAUGAUAUCAGUGAUAUUAUGCAAAAUACAUUAUCAUUUUUAAAAUCAAAUGCUAAUAGUGUUGGACAUACAUACUGGUUAUUUAAAGGAAAAAAUGACUAUGCGGCUAAACUCUAUGAUUUGACAACAUUGUGUUCGGAAUCAUUAAUUGAUAGCCCAAAUCCUUUUGCAGUUCCAUUGGCUGUGUUGUUAUAUCGUGUUGCUUAUAAAUUAAAACAUGACCCGAAAGAUGGAAAAUUGUAUAAUCCAGUUACUAUUCAACUUUUACUAAACAAUUGUCUAAAGUUAUUAGAUAAAACUAAGUAUCCUGAAAUUGUUAUAUCUAUAAAUUGUAUGUUGUCUGAUAUGUACAUAUCAAUUUAUAAUAAUCCAUCGACAGUCGUAAUAAAUUCAACCGAAGUGGGUAAGGACUCUGAUAAUUGCUACAAUGAUUUUUCCAUUUCAUCAACUGAAUUUGAUUAUGGCAUCUAUUCUGUCGACAUACAAAAUUUAUGUGUAUCACACAAGAAAGAAAUUACACCCAAAAUACCAGAUUACUUUAAGUCAAAGAAUUUAGUAAAAAAUAUAGAAGAAUGUUAUUACAAGGCAUUGUAUUAUAUUGGUAGUAGUUUGAGCUGUUUACAAUAUUUCAAGAAUGAUAAAAAUAUUAGGGUGGGACGAGCAUCGUUGUCCGAGAGCAAGAAUAAACCUAUGCAGUAUCUUGAUUCUGAAAUAUUUAGAAAGAACGAUAUACCAAAUUGGCAAAAUUUACUUAAUUUUGAUGACAAUAAUUGGGAAAAUCUCCUCAGGCCUAUAUUCUAUGAAAAAGCAUCUGAUACAUAUUUUAAUUUUGGAAAAAAUUGUCUUGCAUCCAAAAAGUUUGGAAUAGCAUUAAAAUGUUUCCGCCGAUCAUUUGAAUGUCAACUAUGUGUUACUAACACUGAUGUCAACCAUUUAUUUGGGUCUAUUUUAGACCUUUGCGGCAAUUGUUGUAUGUUUAUUCUUAAAUAUUGGGAUAAAUUAGAACAGUACAUGACUGAGCUUAAGACUGAUGAAAUGUAUGAUUUUGAACUAAGAAAAGCAUUGCUAAAUAAUUCUGAUCACACUUACAAAGAUUUAAAUUUAAUACCGACAAUCCUCAAUAAUUCAAAAGAAAGCAUGUUGAACGCAGCUGAACAUUGUUACUUACGUGCUUUAGCAUUAGAAAGUAAUAUUGAGAAUAAAAAUAAUCUGAAUAAACAAUUAGGUAAUGUUUACAACGAAUACAUUAUACUGUACACAGAAGAAAUAUUUGUGGCUAUAACUAAUAAUAUUCCUCUAAAUCCAUUAAAGUUAAAAUUAUUUACAAAAAAAUCAAAGCAGUUUUUUACAUUGGGAAGUGAUAUAUUUAAAAAAAUUAAUGAUGAAGAUAAUUUGACACUGAUAAAUUCAAACUCAGCCAAUUUGUACAAAUACAUAGAACAUUAUUCAACAAAAUAUAAAGUUCCUAUCAAUGAAUUUAUAAAAAAAGAGAUUUUCAAUUUCAAGAAUGGAAAUGCUUACAAGAAGAGAUUAUCAAAGUUAGGUGAUCGUAGUUCUAAUCCUCAGUUGUGGGAUAAAGUUUAUUAUCAAUUAUCUUCAACCUUAUUUUAUGCAGCUGUACAUGCAUAUUUAGACAUUUGUCGACGCAAUUCUAAUAAUUAUAGGGAAUGUAUUAAUUUAUUCAUGGAAGCUUUGAAAUAUUGCGAUUUGGAAAAUGAUUCACCAAAUAGAUUUGUAUAUGAAUAUCAAGUAGCAUAUAUUAAUUUAGGUUUAGCAUCGUUAUCUUCUGAUCGUCUAGAAAAAUAUAUUACUAAGAAGUCUUCAGAGCUGCAUCCUGUUUUCCUUCAGAUUAUGUCUUACUGUAAUAUUGCAUUUGAAAUGUAUUUUAAAAUAAAGCGUCCGUUAGAGUCUUUUGAAGUUCUCAUAAAAAUGAUAACAUUAGAUAUGCGAUAUAUUGAUAGAAUGAUAGAUCUAUGGAAUCUUAAAAAUGUUGAAUCUAUUAUAAGAACAUUGGGAAAAUGUAUUGCUGUGUUUCAAAUGUUUUCUGAAAAUAAGGACACAAUAAAAUAUCUACAUAGUACUGACCAACCCGAGGAGUUGGCUAUUGAAGACGACUUACACUUUGAAAUGAGAAAACUUCAUUUUUUUUUAAUUCUAGAAGAAAAUGUACUUAAACUCUUGAAAUGUAUGAUCCAUUUGGCCUUUAAUAAGUCACCAGUAAGAGAACUCAAAUGGUUGGUGGACAAAGAGGAUGAACUUAAAACAAUGUAUAGUCUAUUGUUACGAAAUAACAUUGGUGAAAAUGGUUAUUCACAGUUAAUGAUAGCUGUACAAAAAUUAUCUACAUUUAAAUGAUUAAUGACAAGAAAGUAUAAUUUAUGUUAUUUGUAAUAUUAUUUUUGUUUGCCAUCAUAGAUAGUAAGUAAAUUGGUAAGUUAUUUGCAAAUAAGGUAGAUAUGUCCGUAAAUUGUUUUAAAUAGAUUUAAGAUAGAGAAACCCCUUACAGUUAGUUUUAGAAUUUGUCAAUACUAACUGAUGUAAAAUUAAAACGCAUCAGAAUUGUUGAACCAUGUUAAUUCUAAUGUGGAUGUAAUCUAUUAACUUUAUACUCAUAGACUGGCUCUGUGAAUUCAAAUUGGAUCUCUAAUAAAGGGCAUUUAGAAUAGUUUUAACUACAACUAUUUAUCAUAAAUUGCAUCGUUUAUUACAUAAUAUACUUAAUUACACUCUUUAUCUCAGCUCAUAUUGCUUUAUGUUAUUA